AGGCGCUCGCUGCUGGAGCUGGAGGACCAGAACAAGCUCCUCCUGAAUGAGCUGACCAAGUACAAGUCGGACCACGAGCUGGACGUGACGCUGUCGGAGGACAGCUGCUCGGUGGUCAGCGAGCCCUCGCAGGAGGAGCUGGCCACGGCCAAGGUGCAGAUCAGCGAGCUGAGCGGCAAGGUGAAGAAGCUGCAGUACGAGAACCGCGUGCUGCUCUCCAACCUCCAGCGCUGCGACCUGGCCUCCUGCCAGACCACCCGGCCCAUGCUGGAGACCGACGCCGAGGCCGGCGACUCAGCGCAGUGCAUCCCCACCGACGGCUGGAGGGACGGGCAGCCUGAUUUUAGGGACGCCGACCCUUACCACCUCCCCCACGCCAAGGACACGGACCCCGCGCAUAUGAAGGAGCUGAGGCUGGUGCUGUCGGAGGCCAACGAGAGCCUUCGGGGACUGCAGGAGCAGCUCUCGCAGGAGAGGCAGCUGAGGAAGGAUGAGGUGGACAACUUCUCGCAGAAGAUCUGCCAGCUGAAGGAGGACCACCAGAAAGCGCUGCUGCGGCGGGAGUUCGAGCUGCAGAGCCUGAACCUGCAGAGGCGGCUGGAGCAGAAGUUUUGGAGCCAGGAGAAGAACCUGCUGGUGCAGGAGUCACAGCAGUUCAGGCAGAGCUUCCUCCUGCUCUUCAUGAAGCUCAAGUGGUUCCUAAAGCGCUGGCGCCAGGGCAAGAUGGUGCACAGUGAGGGCGAGGACUUUUUGGAGGCAGUGGUCUCCCUCUCCAGGAGCUGGGUCCAUCAGGCAGGCUUGCAGGCAGAGCACAGCCGAGCAGCCACCCAUGUGUCCCCACAGCUGGAGAGGAAGGCAGGCAAAGGGAUCACGGAGCGCGCGCUGCCGGAUUGGAAGGUGGCGUUGAAGAGGGAGCGUGAGGAGCACCAGCAUCUCCUGGCCGAGUCCUACAGUGCCGUGAUGGACCUCACCAAGCAGCUGCAGAUCAGUGAGAAGAACUGGAACCAGGAGAAGGUGGAGCUGCUGGCCCGCUUCAAGGAGGAGCAGCAACAGGCAGAGCAGCAAGCGAAGGACCUGCAGAACAAAAUCAACCAGUUGCAGAAAGGAUCCAACCCAUGGGCAUUGAAGCACUCUGAAAUGGAGAAGCACAGCAGCAACUGGAAAGAGGCUCUCAAUGAAAAAAUCACAGACAAAGAGACAAUCUCUGAAGCAGAAGCCAAGGGAACCAACCUCAAAAGGACCAAGUCCGUUUCGUCCAUGUCAGAGUUCGAAAGCUUGCUCGACUGUUCUCCCUACCUCCCUGGAAAGACCACGCCGGGCCUGGGCGACCAUUCCCGGAGCAAAAAGGCGUCCGCGGCUGCCCAGCUGCUGCCCAACGGGAUCCGGGACAACGCCGGCGUUCCUCCCUCAAACUGUACAUAUGUGAAUAUUGAGCAACCUGCCCCCGACAGCUUGGCCAAAGACAAGCUGGGUAUCUCCUCCUGGGACUACUCGCGGGCAAGCAGCCUCUCCGGGCACGACCCAGCCCAGAAACAAAUGCAGAGGAGCUACACGGCGCCCGACAAGACGGGGAUCCGCAUCUACUACAGCCCGCCGGUGGUGCGGCGGAGCCCGUUGCCACCGGUGCCCCGCUUCCCCCCGUCGCUGCACGACCUGGAGAUCUCCGGCAACAUGAGCGACGACAUGAAGGAGAUCACCAACUGCGUGCGGCAGGCCAUCCGCUCCAGCUCGCUGGAGAGGAAGGUGAAAAGCACCUCCAGCCAGACGGUGGGGCUGGCCCACGUGGGGACGCAGACCAUCCAGACAGUGAGCGUCGGCUUGCAGACCGACCUGCCGCGUGGCAGCAGCAUGCACGGCAAGAGCUGGUCCCCACGCAGCUCCUCCCUGGUGUCCGUGCGCAGCAAGCAGAUCUCCUCCUCCCUGGAUAAGGUCCACUCCAGGAUCGAGCGGCCGUGCUGCUCCCCAAAAUACGGCUCUCCGAAGCUCCAGAGGAGGUCUUCCUCCAAGCUGGAUGCCUCCAAGGACAGGAGCCUCUGGAACCUGCACCAGAGCAAGCAGAACGGCUCCGCCUGGGCCCGCUCCACCACCACCCGUCCAAGUCCUCUUCUUACAAAUGUGUCAGAGCAGUGA